AUGACACUUCAAAUCUGUCCUCACCAAGAACUUACAGUUUUCGACUUACGUUCCGUGGUUGAUUGCUCAUCAACUGUUACUCCAAAACUCACCGCCAAGGGAAACGGAGUCUUUGAGAUCUCGUACAAUCCAAUAGUUAGAGGGCGGCAUGAUCUGAUCGUUAGAGCAGAUGGUGUGGAUAUUUGCGGCAGUCCGUUUCGGGUUUUUGCCAAUAUCAAUCCGCGUAGGCUGGGCCCUCCCACUCAAACCAUUGAGGGUUUAGUCCAACCGAUGGCGAUCACCCUCAAUCACAACAAACAGCUAGUUGUUGCAGAGUACGGCAAAAGUAGGCUGGUCGUACUUAGCAGAGAAGGAGCUUUGCUGCGAAGUGUGAAACCUGAUUACAGUCACUUUAAGGCACCACGGGGUGUGGCCGUUGGACCUGAAGGAACCUUCUUUGUCACUUGUAACGAUAGGGUAGACCCGAGUAUUGCUGUUUGGUAA